AUGCUCUUCACUAAGAUCGCUUUCGUCUCCGCCCUCGCGGCCCUGACUGCUGCUCAAGACACCAGCUUUGACUUCAGCAACAUCCCUGCUGAGUGCACCGAUGUCUGCGGCCAAGUUGGUGAAGCCGUAAAUGGCUGCAAGAACGACAGCAACGACAACUCAUCCGAGGUCCUACAGUGUAUCUGCACAGCCAACAACGCAAACACACUGAUUCCAAACUGCGAAGCCUGCGUCAGACAGUACAACGACAACGACAACGAUGACGACAGCGACCAGUACCGCCUCUUGACCGACUGCCACUAUACCACCACGACUGUUGCCGCAGGCGGUGCAGGUGCAGCUCAAACAACCGCUGUUGAUACCAACACCGUCUCGGUCACCAACACAGUCUCGGUCACCAGUGUCCUUACCACUACCUCCGUUGCUAUCAUCGUCACUACCGGUAGCGAUGGCGUGGUUGCUACUCGCACCGAGACCAACACCGACACUGUUGUCCCCACCAACACCGACAACCCUGCUCCCAUCAACACCGUUGGCGCUGCCAUGGGUCUUGGUGCUCUCGGGUUCGCUCUUGGUAUGUUGUAA